AUGGCCGGCCAACUUGUUCCCUACUGGCCCGAGUCACGUAGCCAUGAUGCCAUGAACAUGUGCGACUCCAUCAAGUCCAGCCCUCAGGCUUGCACUUGCGCCACGCCGUGGGCUUGCCAGCACCAGCGUCAGGCUGUGAAACAAGAAUUCUCGGCGCUGCGACGCAUGUCAUCAUCGAUAAACUAUGACUGCAAGCGCCCCUCUCCCAUACGCAGGGCACUGCGCGGGGUGGUGGAGUGGAGAGGAGUCUAA